AUGAUACAUUUUGCACUUCAUCGACUUGAUAAUUCAACUAAAUAUACAACACAACGGAACACAAAAAUACUAGCUCCAUCUUCAUCUAUUACACGAAAGAUCUGUUAUGAUGAACAACCAUGCCGUCAUGGUAUUCCUUUACGAGUUUGGUUAAAUGAAGAAAAAAACUUGACUAUAAUGGCAUGCUUAUGUCCACCAAGUUUUUAUGGAAACAGGUGUCAAUAUCAGAAUCAACGAAUCAGUCUUACUAUGCAAUUUCAAACAAUUUCGGAUUCUCGAAGAACAUUAUUUGCCAUUAUUGUCUCACUUAUCGAUGAUAGUGAUGAGCGAAUCUUUCAUUCAUAUUAA